AUGGAGCAGGGCAGGGAGGCCUGCUGCUCCACUGAGGAGGCCUCCAUGACUGACUAUAAGAUGAUGAUGACCCUGGGCCAGGGCCAUUUCUCAGAAGUGAAACUGGCUUUCCAUGUCCCUACCUUAACCUGUGUGGCUGUCAAAGUUCUUCGAAAUAAGAAGAAGAACUCCUCCCUUGAAGCCAAUGAAGUCAACAUCAUGAAAUCUGUUGAGCAUCCGAACAUCAUUAAGUUGUAUCAUGUGGUGCAAUCAAGAAGUACCACCUACCUGGUUAUGGAGCACGCAUCCCAGGGAGAUCUGCUUCACCACAUCCUGGAACUGGGGUCCUUACAGGAGAGCGAGGUUCGAAGGCUGUUUACUCAGAUCCUCAGUGCAGUGCAGUAUUGCCAUAAUAACCAUAUUGUCCAUAGAGACAUUAAGGCCAAUAACAUCCUACUGGACUGCAGGGGUAAUGCCAAGUUGUGUGAUUUUGGUAUUGCUGCUAAAGUGCCCCCAGGGCAGAAGCUGAAGGAUUUCUGUGGCACAAUGCCCUAUUGUGCCCCGGAACUCUUCGGAGAAGAAGCAUACGAUGGCUGUGCCAGUGACGUUUGGAGUUUAGGUGUGCUCCUCUUCCUGAUGGUGGUGGGGCGCUUUCCUUUCAGAUCAAGCUCUUCUGAUGGCCUGAGGCGUCAGAUCCUUGCCGCGAACUUCAGCAUACCCCAGCAUGUUUCCAUCGAUAUUUUCAAUGUCAUCGUAGAACUGCUGAUGAUCAACCCUGGCAGGAGGCCCACCAUUGACCAAAUCAUGAGGCGCCCCAUGAUCAGAGCCAGCAAGACUCAUUCAUUAACUCCUUCUACCAAGAUUCUUCCAGGCACCCCAAACCCAAGUAUUGUCAGCACCAUGACAGUCAUGGGGUAUAAGCCCGAGGAAAUCAUUGAUUCUCUGAGAGACCAAAAAUACAACCAGGUGAUGGCCACUUACCUGAUUCUCCAACACCAGUCACCAGGGGGAGACUGUUGCCAUCGGCAGGUGAAACCCUUAUCUGUGCCCUUAAGGAGAGCUACUGAGCCUGCUCCCCUGACCUGCACCUUGGCAUCUCUGCCCCAGGAGAAAGAACGUGAGAAAAAUUCCAGGCAGGGUGGCACAAGGCAUAGCAUGCCUGCCACCCUGUGCUGCCAGUCAAAGAGGAAUUCACCUCCAAGCCUAGAAUACCUGGGCUGUCCUAUGGAUGAUUUCCUCAAGUACAGGAGUGAGGAAAUGAGUGAGAAUUUCUCUAAGUCCAAGAUCGGUUUGUGUGACAGGCUAAUGGCGACUGACCGACCAUCUGCCUUAAUGUACAUCAAUUCUUCUAGGCUAGACCACAAUGAGACCACAUUUGACAUAGGCAACAAGUCUUUCUGCAGUCCCCAAAAGGAACACUGCAGCUCAAUGGAGACAGCCCAGAGGGUAACCCAUGGAUGCUCAUCCCCCGGGGAUACAUUGCAGGUAGAAACCAUAACCCAGGAAGCAGCCUGCACAGAGGAAGUAACCAUAACUCAGGAAGAGGCCAUCACCUUGGAAACCGCCAUGACCCAGGAAUCCAAUACAUCUCUCGGUGACAUCAUCACACAGGAGGAGGAAAUCACCUCUGGCCAGCCUGAGGAUACCAGCCCAGCUUCCUCCCCACACCGGAGGCGCCCCAGAUGGAAGAGAGUCAAGAAAACAAUCGUGAACUGCCUCAGACACCUGUGCUGCUGCCUCCCCCCUGCAAAGAGGAGCAGCAACUCCUCUAAGAACCUGGCUCCAAAGACACAGGAUCUUGGAGCCACCCCCAGGACCAGUCCUGAAGAGGUCGAGCCCCAGCUCCAUGGCUUGUGA